GAGACAGAGGCAGCGGGACCUUUCUUGCGAUGUGCCCGCCAUUCGAAAUCAGUCAAUGUUGAGGCGCGAGAAGACGCGGCUAAAGAGCGGAGAAUCAGAAUAAGAAUCGAAUUUUGAGAACUUAAGUCCCGGUGCUAUGCAGUACUGCAGAAUAAGAAAAUCAAAAAUAUUAUAAUCUGAAAGACAAAAGCCGUCGCUGUGCUCCUAAUUAUUUAUUAUUUUUUGUGUGCGUCUGACUACAUGUGUGCAUUCUAGGUAAUGAGUGAAGUUAGAGGUUUGUCAAACCGCAGAGACUAAAGACUUUGGGCGAUAGAAAAAAGCCUUUUCACAUAGAGAAUGCUUGUGCCGUCGGACAUGAUUGCGGCGCAGUCCAAGAUGGUUUACCAGAUGAACAAGUAUUGUGCGGAUCGCGUUCAAGUGCGCAAAGCCCAGAUCCAUAAGCAAAUUCAGGAGGUGUGUCGAAUUGUGCAGGAUGUCCUUAAGGAAGUGGAGGUCCAGGAACCCCGUUUUAUCUCCUCGCUGAACGACUAUAACGGACGGUUCGAGGGUCUAGAAGUUAUAUCGCCCACGGAAUUCGAAAUCAUCAUCUAUCUGAAUCAAAUGGGUGUGCUUAAUUUUGUGGAUGAUGGCACCCUGCCAGGAUGUGCGGUCUUGAAGUUGAGCGACGGACGGAAAAGGUCUAUGUCCCUGUGGGUGGAGUUUAUCACGGCCAGUGGAUAUCUCUCUGCCCGGAAGAUAAGGUCCCGAUUUCAAACCCUGGUUGCUCAAGCGUGUGACAAGUGCGCCUACCGCGAUAUAGUUAAGAUGAUCGCCGACACCACCGAGGUUAAGCUUCGGAUCCGGGAGCGUAUCAUCGUCCAGAUUACACCCGCUUUCAAGUGCGCUGGCCUAUGGCCAAGAUCUGCAUCUCACUGGCCGCUGCCUGGAAUUCCGUGGCCCCACCCCAAUAUCGUCGCCGAGGUCAAAACGGAGGGGUUCGAUAUGCUUUCCAAGGAGUGCAUUGCGCUGCAAGGCAAGAACUCAGCCAUGGAAGGCGAUGCGUGGGUUCUCAGCUUUACCGACGCCGAAAACCGGCUGCUGCAAGGAGCUAGUCGACGCCGCUGCUUAAGCAUUUUAAAGACCCUGCGAGAUCGGCAUUUAGACCUGCCCGGAAACCCGGUGACGUCCUACCACCUUAAAACGCUUCUGCUCUACGAGUGCGAGAAGCACCCGCGAGAGAUGGAGUGGGAGGAGAACUGCAUCGCGGAUCGAAUCAAUGGAAUCUUCCUACAACUGAUCUCUUGCCUGCAGUGCCGCCGCUGUCCACACUAUUUCCUGCCUAAUAUGGAUCUGUUUAAGGGAAAAUCGCCAGGAGCCCUGGAAAACGCAGCAAAACAAGUUUGGCGACUAACCCGAAUAAUGCUCACCAAUGUACGUUGCCUGGAGGAAUUGUAGACACUAUUAUACUAAAUCGGCCUUCUGAUAUUUUGGAGCUUCAACGGGAGUGCACGCAGCCAAAAGUUCCUUGGCAUUUUUUAAUUUAACACAAAGCACCGAAAACAUCAAAGACGUGAUGGGAGACAUCAAAGAAGAAAGAGCAUUGAAAUUGUAACCCAAAUACUAUUUGAUAUUUCGCUAGAUCGUAACUUAGCUUAGGUGCUUUCGAAAAGUAUACGCCGCUUACAUAGUUUCUUAUAAUUAGAGCAUACUUAGGACCAUUUAAAUCGUCAUCAUCAAAUAAUGCACAAAGGUUACUAUUUAGACUAUAGACUUUUUUUUUUUUUUUAGUCGAUUGCUUGUUGCAAAACACAAAGCAAAAUUAGAUAUAUUAGCCUUAGCCCUAUAAAACUGAGACAGCCAAUGCGAGAAUACUUUCCUCGUUGGUCCUAAGUUAUUUAUUUUAUGUUAUUGGCUUCCUCUUCAUAGUAUGUCAAUAAACCGUAUGUUUUUUUAAUGAA